AUGAACUAUGGCACCAGCAGUCUAUGGUACCAGCAGUCUAUGGUACCUGCAGUCUAUGGUACCUGCAGUCUAUGGCACCAGCAGUCUAUGGCACCAGCAGUCUAUGGUACCAGCAGUCUAUGGUACCUGCAGUCUAUGGUACCUGCAGUCUAUGGUACCUGCAGUCUAUGGUACCUGCAGUCUAUGGUACCUGCAGUCUAUGGCACCAGCAGUAUAUGGUACCUGCAGUCUAUGGUACCUGCAGUCUAUGGCACCAGCAGUAUAUGGUACCUGCAGUCUAUGGUACCUGCAGUCUAUGGUACCUGCAGUCUAUGGUACCAGCAGUCUAUGGUACCUGCAGUCUAUGGUACCAGCAGUCUAUGGUACCUGCAGUCUAUGGUACCUGCAGUCUAUGGCACCAGCAGUCUAUGGUACCUGCAGUCUAUGGUACCUGCAGUCUAUGGCACCAGCAGUAUAUGGUACCUGCAGUCUAUGGUACCUGCAGUCUAUGGUACCUGCAGUCUAUGGUACCUGCAGUCUAUGGUACCUGCAGUCUAUGUUACCUGCAGUCUAUGGUACCUGCAGUCUAUGGCACCAGCAGUCUAUGGUACCUGCAGUCUAUGGUACCUGCAGUCUAUGGUACCUGCAGUCUAUGGUACCUGCAGUCUAUGGUACCUGCAGUCUAUGGUACCUGCAGUCUAUGGUACCUGCAGUCUAUGGUACCUGCAGUCUAUGGCACCAGCAGUAUAUGGUACCAGCAGUCUAUGGCACCAGCAGUAUAUGGUACCAGCAGUCUAUGGCACCAGCAGUAUAUGGCACCUGCAGUCUAUGGUACCUGCAGUCUAUGGCACCAGCAGUCUAUGGUACCUGCAGUCUAUGGUACCUGCAGUCUAUGGCACCAGCAGUCUAUGGUACCUGCAGUCUAUGGCACCAGCAGUCUAUGGUACCUGCAGUCUAUGGUACCUGCAGUCUAUGGCACCAGCAGUCUAUGGUACCUGCAGUCUAUGGUACCUGCAGUCUAUGGCACCAGCAGUCUAUGAACGAAACCUUUCCCUCGUCAGACUGCGGAACAAGUCAGACUGUCAGACUGCGAGACGAGUCAAACUGAGUGAGGAGAGAGAGGAACCUGACCUCCACAUCACCCCACAGCCAUUAGAACACAGCAGACUGAACCAGGAAAGACUCAAAAACCAUCUGACAGAGACCGACCCUCGGACUCUGACCCGGACCCGGACCUGGACUGACUCCACUUCAGUGGUUCUCAACGGAUGGGACGGGAACCCAAAUCGGGGAGUCGUGCUCCCUGCUGAGACCCAGGGCGAUUAUGGAGGUUUGGGAUGUCACUCCUCCUUCCGCUAUCAUCGCAAAUAUCCGCUCAUCAUCUCAUCAGGCUCCAGCUGCAGACGGGCCACGCUCCUGCAGCUGCUCUCCGAGGAGAGGAACGCUGCCCAAGGCAACAUGGCCGCCGUCUGCUCUGACGGACUCUGA